GGGCCACAUCCUCCGACCCUGCUGUGUGCUGGAACACCGGGGCCCAACGUGGUGGACGCCCCCACGUCCCUGCUCUAGCUGCCUCUCUCCUAGCGCUGAGCACGGCUGAUAUAACAUGGGGUGUGCCAGCGGCUGGCCGGGGGCUGCCCUCGCCCUCCUGCUGCUACUGCUGCUCAGCCUCCUGGAGCUCUGCUUGGCAGCACUGGAGGAAGUGGACCCCACCACUGACAGGCAGCCGCGAACAGCCUGCACCCUGCAGGAGGGGGAGAGUCGUAUCUUCACCUGCUGGGUUCCCCGGCCAGCCCCAGGUGCCACGCUGGCCUGGUACCUCAACGGUCAGAAACAGGAAGUCAACCUCUCAACUGCAGACAUUGCCAGCAUCCUCACCCUCACCGGCCAGCGCUCCGACCACCAGCUCGACUGCUCCUUGACCAUCCCGACCUCCAGUGAGACCUACAACACCUCCAUCCUUCUCAAUGUGCAGUAUAAGCCAGAGAUCCUGCAGGAAGGUGCCUACUACCAGAAGGGUGCUGGCCUUCUCCUGGUGCUCUUUGUGCUGGUGCAAGCCAACCCACCUGCCAGCAUCACCUGGAUGGACCAGCAUGGGCAUGUGAUGGCCAACACCUCCAAGUUUCUCCUCCUGGGUGCCACAAGCUACCCAGGGCUGGCCAACCACUCACUCCACAUCCAUCUCAACUGCACAGCUGGAAACCUCUCCAUCAGUGCAGCCAACAGUGUGGGCAUCACCACUGCCUCUCUCCUGCCCACAGGUGCAGGUCUGCUGGAUGCCCGUGUGGAGCUGCCUGUCCUGGGUGUUGCCGUUGGAGCAGCCCUGGCCCUAUCCGCCCUGCUCAGCCUGGGCUCCUGUGCUGCCUGCCUGGCAUGCCGCUUGCCCAAGCUUGUGCGAGGCCCGGGGCAAGCAGGACCCAGCCCACCCAGCCAGUGCUCCCACUGCAGCAGCUCUGAGCCCCCGCAGCCCCAGGGCACACGUCUGCCCCGCCAGACCCAGUCCCUGCCACCCAACCUGCGCCUUGGUGACCUUGCGCAGGAAGAUGGAGCUUCCCCCAAGGAUGCAGGAGCCAGUGCUAGGGGAGAAGAAAGUGCCCUGCUGGGACUGGAAAACUCCCUGGUCCUCAGCAAGCUUGGUUUUAUCCAGCUCCCAGUGUCUGGCCGCAUCUACAAAGUGCCCAGCAUGAGCAGUGAGGAGAUCUGGCUGUGAGCUGCAGCGUGGUGCCCGUGAGCCAGGGCUGUGGCAGCCCCCGGAGCCGAGCAGCUGAGGGUGCCAGGGAGGCCGUGAUGGAAGUGGCAGCUGACCAGCCCCAGCUCUGUGCUGUGCAGGGCUUGGGAGCUGCGCUGUCAGCCAAGGCAUGGUUUUAUGUAGUCCCCAAACUUUACUGAUAUUCUGUUAUAAUCAAAACACAUCAAAACUGUUUAGAGCCAGGCUCUAGCACUGCGAUUCCUCUUGGGGUAAAGCCAAGCACCAGCUUUGCUUUAGCAGGUUUGUGACUUGCUGCAUGAUCCUCUUUGCCCCUGUCCCUGCUGCUGUGGCAGACAGGUGGGAGGUCAGUGGAGCAGGGGCUGAGGAGAGCUGUCCCAACAGCAAUAAACUGAAUCCAAGCA